UUUCUCAUACAAUCCACAUAUACAUAUGGAUUUCGAUGAAGUACUUAAGGAGGUGGGAUCUUUUGGCUUGUAUCAAAAGAUCAUUAUAUGUUCGGUCCUACUGCCAGCUGCAUUGCCAUGCGCUUUUCACGCCUACAGUCAGCUGUUUAUUGCAGCCACGCCCACACAUUGGUGUCGCAUUCCCGAGCUGGAGCCAUGGACGCAGGAUUACGUAACGCUGGUCAAGAAUCUGAGUAUACCACGACAUGCCAAUGGCGAAUACGCCGAGUGUUCUAUGUACCUAAGGAAUUAUAGCGAUCUGGUGCGCUAUCUCGAGUAUCGAACGCCAUACGAUCUACAGCGGGAACAGUCUAUGCACAUGGGAAGAACUGAUAAGAUACGCACUGUGCCAUGCCAGCAUGGCUGGCACUAUGAUAAGUCCAUGUAUCCCAACACUGUGGUUCAGGAGUGGAACCUAGUCUGCGACAAGAGCUUAUACGUAACCCUGGCGCUGGUCAUUUUUGGUAUUGGGGGAUUGGUGGGUAAUUAUGUGUUUGGUUAUCUGCAGGAUUUCUGGGGUCGCCGGCCCUCCUUCUAUGCUUAUUUACUGCUGGAGAUCGUGGCUUGUGCAGCUAGUGCUUUCGCCUGGAACUAUUAUUCCUGGCUGGGAUUUCGUUUCGUUGUGGGUCUGACAGUACCAGCAAUUCUGGCCAGUCCCUAUGUUCUGGCUAUCGAGCUGGUGGGUCCCGAUCGUCGAGUCUUCUGCACCAUUGUGUCCAAUAUAGCCUACUCCCUGGGUCUCGUCCUGCUAGCCGGAGUUGUGUAUGUGAUUCGGGAUUGGCGUUAUUUGACCUUGGCGGUUUCUCUACCGCUACUCAUGCUGUUUUCCUGCUUCUUUGUAAUGCCCGAAUCGCCGCGAUGGUUAAUGGCGGUUGGAAAGCCAAAGCGUGCGGCUCGAAUCCUCAAGAUUAUCGCACGAGUGAAUGGUGUCCGCGUAUCCAAUGAGUUUGUAACGAAUCUUCAGCAGAAGCUGGUGUGUCCAAAGCCAGCGGAAAUGCAUUAUGGCAUUUUGGAUCUAUUUCGCGGCACUAACAUGCGUCGCAAGACACUGAUCAUCACAUUAAUUUGGUUUGCCAACACCAGCGUAUAUGUGGGCCUCAGUUACUACGCACCCGCUCUUGGUGGUGAUGAGAUCUGGAACUUCUUCCUGGCUGGCGCUGUCGAGCUGCCCACGUACCUGUUGCUCUGGCCGGGCUUGAGCUACUUUGGACGACGAUGGAUACUCUUCAUCUCGAUGCUGGUGGGAGGCGUAGCCUGUGUGGCUACGUUGCUGUAUCAACAGAGAGCAGAUAUCAUGUUGCUGCUCUACUGCAUCGGAAAAAUGGGAAUAUCAUCUGCAUUUGUGGUGCUACCGUUGCUGGCCUCCGAGCUCUAUCCGACUGUGGUACGUGGACUGGGCAUGAGCUUUAGCUCGGUGAUUGCAAUGAUUGGACCCAUCGUCAUCCCCAUAAUCAACCACAUGGGUCAGCACAUGCUGGUACUGCCAUUGAUCAUAAUGGGCGGACUGCUCAUAAUUGGCGGUUUUGCCAGCCUCUUCCUGCCCGAGACGCGUGGUCGCAAUCUGCCACAGACUUUGGAGGAGGGCGAGGCGGUGCCGCUGAGUUUUCUGCUUUGCUGCUGCGUGGAGAGCGGUAAGGUGACAAAUGCAAGACGCAUGCCCCCCACAACGGAUGCUCGUCGACUAACCACUGCCCCUGCACCCUGUAAGGUGGUUUGCAGUAUUUGUAAUAAGGAAAUGCGCACAUUAUAA